UAUCAUCAACAUCAUUCAGUGAUUAGCGAUCAAAGAUGAAGUUCCUCAUCGUUUCUUGUUUCGUUGCCGUAGUGGUGGCCGAGCUGCCUUCGCCGCCUCGCUUCAGACCAGCGAGGUUCAGGUCGCAAAGGCAAGAGCUGGCUCCCACAACGACUGAUUCACCUACAGAAGCAACGACUACAGACGGUGCACCUUACCCUGCUUCGGGUUGGAAGCCUGAACAGCCUUUUACGCUUCCGAAUGAAGCCGAAGCAGCUGCUCCUUACCCAGCAGCAGGUUGGAAACCAGCACAGCCUUUUACCCUCCCUAACGAGCCACCAGCUACCAACUACGGAGUCCCUGACACAAGUUACGGAGCACCUGACAACACCUAUGGUGCACCUACCACUGAUGCCACGCCUACAGAGAAUCCUGAAGCUGAGAAGUUAGAAGGUCCAGUGGAAGUACAGAAGAGCAUUGGCACUUACUACGUGUUGCUUCCCAAUGGAGAGCUGCAGGAAGUGAGGUUUAUGACGGAGAAUGAUGUACAGAACAUGAAGUACACCGCGAGACUGCAGCUGCAGAACAGGGCCCCGCUGUUUGUGUUUAGACCCUAAGUGAUUGUAAAAUUAUUAUAUUCAAUAAAGUAGUUAAUACUCA